AGAGCUGGAGACGCCUGUGUCUGACAGCUCUCGUGCUUUUCUCAGAGCCGGAGGAAUCACCGUGUGCCAAGAUGUGCAAGGGCCUAGCUGCGCUGCCCCACACCUGCCUGGAGAGGGCCAAGGAGAUCAAAACCAAAUUGGGAACACUGCUGCAGAAGCCUGACUCGGCCAUUGACAUCAUCAUCCCCUACCCGGAGAAGCCAGAGAAGCCGCCCAAAGCCCACAAGCCGUCGCCAGAGGAAGCUUUGCAGUGGCGCGACUCCCUCGAGAAGCUCCUGCAAAACACCUACGGGCUCGCCAGCUUCAGCAGCUUCCUGCGCUCUGAGUUCAGCGAGGAGAACAUCGAGUUCUGGGUGGCCUGCGAGGACUACAAGAAAACCAAGUCUCCUGUGAAGAUGGCGGAGAAAGCCAAGAAGAUCUACGAGGAGUUCAUCCAGACUGAGGCGCCCAAGGAGGUGAACAUCGACCACUUCACCAAAGCCGUGACCAUGAAGAACCUGGUGGAGCCAUCAGCCAGCAGCUUUGACAUGGCCCAGAAGAGGAUCUUCGCCCUCAUGGAAAAAGACUCCCUGCCCAGAUUUGUGCGCUCGGAGUUUUAUCAGGAGCUGGUCAAGUAGCAACAGGG